AUGAAUUCACCAGUGGCCAUAGAUUUGGGCGACAGUUUCUGUCGUGUGGGUCUCUAUAAACCCCACGACGGUCGGGUAAGAAUAGUUCCCGAUUUUGAGGGUUAUAGCUACUGCUGCUACUCCAUCCCCAGUUACGUGGCCUUCGUGAACAAUGCCCGACUGGUGGGCACUACUGCACGCAUGCAAUCAGUACAGGAACCGCAUCAAACCAUUAGCAGGAUGAAGAGCCUUCUGGGCAAACGGUAUUUCGAAGUAGAGGAACAGCUCAGUAACAUCACGUACCAAGUCACCUCAGAUAUUGGUGAUGCUGGUCGUCCAUUAAUCAACGGCCAAUUCUAUGCUGAGGAAAUAGUCGCUGUUUUGGUCAAUAAAAUGAGGGAGGUAAUCACACAUACGGCUAAACAGUCGGUAAAAGAUGUGGUCAUCACUGUUCCUCCCUGUUUCAAGGACGCUCAACGCCAAGCCACGUUGGACGCGGCUGAAAUUGCAGGGGUACGAGUCGCAGCCAUGUUAAAUGAAACAACAGCGGCUGCUUUUGUUUAUGCAUUCAGCGCCAAAGAAGAGCCAUUGAAUGUACUCUUCUAUGAUUUCGGUGGUGGACACGUCGCCGUUACAGUUGCAAGCGUCAGUAAGAGCGAAGUGAGAAUUUUGGGAAGUGCAGGUAGUCAGAAAGUGAGUGGAAAUGGAAUAACUGAUCGUUUUACCGCCUCCGUGGCUGAGUUAAUUGUCAAACAAUACAAUCAAGAUCCAUACUUGAAUAUGAAAACAUACAAUCUGCUCCGUCUCAUUUGUGAGCGUUGUAAACGCGAUCUGAGCUCCAACUUAGAAUCAGAACUGAUUAUUCGUGGUGUCUUGCCUGAUAUCCCCAUCAGAGUGGUUAUCACAAGAGCCCACUUCGAGGACAUGUGUCAGGACCUUUUCAAGACCGCUAUGGAACCCAUUGACGAGGCUAUUCAGCUAGCCGAUCUCAAUAUUGAUGAUAUCAAAGAUGUGGUUAUACUUGGAGGCUCUGCACGGAUACCCAAGGUUGAUUUACUUCUACGAGAAAAGUUUCACAAAAGGCAAAUUAAUAAGAGACUUCAUUCCGAAGAGACUGUCGCCUACGGAGCAGCACUGUAUGCCGCACAACUUGCAAAAGCAUUGCCUACAUCAGUCAGUGUCUAUGAUGUUACCAACCACACCAUUGCGAUUGAACAACCUCACCGAGUAGUUUCACCUAUGAUACCUCGAAAUACCCCUAUUCCAUGCGCUUUUCGUCGUACCUUUUCCACUAUGCCAGAUAGCGAUCAAUCCCACCUUACCGUGAGGCUUUACGAAGGUGAUCGUGCUAAAGCAACAGAUAACACAUUCCUUGGAUCCUUUGACAUCACCGAAUUACGCCCAGCUUUUGGUGACAUCCACGAGGCAAUGGUUGAUUUCGAAGUAGAUAAAAACGGAAUUCUAAAGGCCACGCUGGUUCUCGACUCGCGAUGGCAUCAGCUUAAGCACGUGGAUAUUAAGAAAACGUGCCUUCCUGCGGAUUUCAAGUAUACUGCAUGCAGAGAGUUCGCGAGAUCCCUAUCCGGAGACGCGCACAUGAGAAGACUGUUUGAGCAUCGUCGUUAUCUUGAGUUUUUUGCCUAUCUACUUCGUACGGCAACAGGUGCUAAGGCGUUGGACCUGCAAGAACAGGAAGUUCAAUGCCUCCUGCACGAGAGUAAGGCGAGCUUAGGGUGGUUGAGAUCAAACCCAAAGGCCCAACUGGACGAAACGGAUGCAAAGAUUAUGUCAGUCCAAGACACGGUUACUUCCAGUUUGCGAUGUACAAUAGAAGAACUUGUAUAUCACGCUCUACACUUCACGAACCCUGAGGGUGAUAUCAAGUACUUUCCUGUUGAUAGUGAAAAACCUGAAUGA